AUGUCCCGCUGCGGCCGCCGGGGCCGCUGCUCGGCGCUGCCGGCGGGCUUCCCUGGGCUGCUGGGCUGUGCGCUGCUGCUGCUGGGCGUCUGCGGGGGCAGCGAGCGGCCAGGCGAGGACAGCUUCAACUCGCGAGCAGCAGGAACACACAGCAGCAGCAGCAGCAGCAGCAGCAGCAGCAGCAGCAGCAGCGCGCACCCCUGGGGCGCCACCUGCGCAGCCUACAAGUCCAUUAGCGUAGACUUUCCCCUGCUGCAGGCCAGGGCCUCCUACGACUUGGGGCCCCUGGUGGAGGGGGCCCCCCCGAUGGGUUGGGUUUGCAAAGCAGCAGAGCCUUUGUUUGAACUGGAGGAGUACCCGCCCUUCUUCCGCUCCGUCUUAUCCCUGCUGGUCGGCAGCAGCAGCAGCAGCAGCAGCAGCAGCAGCAGCAGCAGCAGCAGCAGGAGAAGCCACAAGCUCCACAGACACAAAGACAAACAUGUCUUCUUCGCCUUCAACCCCUGCAAGCUGCUGCCCCACACUUGCCACGGCGCCCGCGGCCGUCUUUACAAAUUUGCUGCCAAACUCAAAAGGCCCCACGACCCCCACGAGGAGAUCAAUCGCCUCCUCGCAGACUUCCUAAAGGGGCCCCCGGGGGGCCCCCCGGGGGGCCCCCCAGGGGGGGCCCCCCAGGGGGGCCCGCCGGGGGGCCCCCCGGGGGGGGGCCCCCAGGGGGGCCCCCAGGGGGGCCCCGGGGAGGGCCAGGAGGAAGCAGACACGACGGAGUGUCUGCAGAACGUGCUUGCUGCGAACUCGACUGCGGUGUACGUACAGCGCGGGGAGCUGCAGCAGCAGCAGCAGCAGCAGCAGCAGCUGCAGCAGCUGCAGCAGCACCCGGAGAGCAACGGAGUGGGGGGGUUGUGGGGCGAUCCCGAAGUCACUGACGAUCCCACUCCCUGGGAUCCACUGGACCCCACAGAUCCCUCUAAGGGGCUGCAGGCGAGCUUCCGGCACGCCCACGUGUUUUGUCCAGAAGCUGCGCUGCUCAUCCACGUGCUGCUCAAGUGCCCCGCUGCUGCUGCUGCUGCCAGCAGCAGCAGCAGCAGCAGCAGCAGCAGCAGCAGCAGCAGCAACUUCGAGCUCUGCGAACACCCCGACCCCUGCACCUUCCGCAUGGCCUUGUCUUCUCCUGCGGCUUGCCCCACAGCCGUCGACUACGGCGGCGCCCCAGCAGCAGCAGCAGCAGCAGCGCCAGCAGCAGCAGCAGCAGCAGCAGCAGCAGCAGCGGGGGGGCCCCCGCUGCCUGCACCCAAACCCCAACCCAAGACGCAGCCAGACGGGGGGCCCCACAAAAAGGCUUGGGGGCCCUUUGAGGCCGUUGGGGCCUCAGCCAUUCAGCAGGACUUGCGCAGCAGGGGGCCCCACACGCACAGCGCCCCCGCAGCAGCAGCAGCAGCAGCAGCAGCAGCAGAGGGGGGGGAGAGCCUGUGGGGCAAGCUGCCCUUCCUGCUGCUGCUGCUGCUGCGGGUCGGGCUGUGUCUGCUGAUCUUUGCUUGGAUAAUUCACACAAUUCGGGACUGGACAGAAACAAAAAUGCAAUAUGUUCCAUUUCCCGAAGACAAAGCAGCAGAAGCAGCAGCAGCAGCAGCAGCAGCAGCAGCAAAUGUGAAUUCGUACGACAGCUGCGCCGAGGCGCUCAGGGGGCUCUCGAGCCCUGCAGCAGCAGCAGCAGCAGCAGCAGCAAGCGACUCCGACGGCUUCCAGCUGGCCGUGAAGUACCCAGAGGGCCCCGCCCCCAGCGGCCCAGCAGCAGCAACAGCAGCAGCAGCAGCAGCAGCAGCAGCAGCAGCAGCAAGGCCCCCGCGGCGCGCGCUGCGGGGGCUCUACUCCACCCCCGGGCGGCGGCUGCUGAGUGUUUGGCUGCCGCAAACUGUGGAAGCAGCAGCGCAGCAGCUGCAUGCGUUUUCGGAAGCAGCAGUGAAGGCCUGCAGCAAAGCUGCUGCUGCAGUCUCGCGCAGCAGCAGGGGCCCCGCGGGGGAGUUUGCUGCUGCUGCUGCUGCUGCUGCGGGGCCCCAGUGGGAGUGGACUGACGCUCUCGACCUCAGCAGCACAGAAGCUGCUGCUGCAGCAGCAGAUUCUUUUCGCCAGCCCUCUCCGGGCCUCAGGGACUACGAAACAAUUAACUAG